GCAGAGAGAGAGAGAGCGCCAGGUCCGCUACUUCUUCAGUGCGCAUCGUGUUUCUCCAAAUGCCACCGGAGCCUCUCUGCGCAGCACCGGACCCGGAGCACCGACACCACGCGCUGAAAACAUGACGCCGAAGAGCCGCUGUGCCCCGGGCCGACCGUGAAGCUCCAUCCGCGAGGAGAUGAGAGUUGUCCUGCAGCCAAACCGUCUCUAAGCAACAGCAGCAUCAGCAGCUAUCGCCGCAGCAACGCCAUGGGCUACAAGAUUUCAGGUGCUGCGAUGGACCGCAUGAGCCCCCUUUGGAGGAUGAGGAGGAGGGCGCGGAGGGGGGCACUGUGCAUGGCAUUCUUCUGCGUUUCCAUGGCGCUGCUGUACGCCUUGUGUGCCGAGAACAGUGUCCCCGUGACCGACGCCAUCUUUGGGGUGAAGGCACGGACCAGGGCACAGCCACGCACCCACUCAGUCACCAAGGUUCAGCGUGGUAAGCCCAUGUACAUCGACCCUCAGAAACUUCCUGGAGUCGUACCAGGUGACCCAAACCGACCAAUCCCAGUGCUUUCAGCUCUUAACCACACCCACCAGGAAACAACCGCCUCCAAACACCUUCAGAAGGAUCACGUGACGAACGGGUUCUUCAAACGUCUCUUCCCACGACCUUUGACACGGGCCCUGGAGACCCUGUUCGGAGGCAGGCGCAGAGGGGAACUGAGCGGGAAGAGCGGAAACGAGUUCUAUGGGCCCAAUGCUCUUCUGGGACAAGUGUGGGACGAAGAUAUGUCCAGCAGCAUGUUGUCCUGGAGGCUUAAGAAAGUGGUGCAGAACUUUCAGGCCAUGAACAAGUACGGAGUGGACCCCCAGAAUCAUGAGGCCUCUGGUGUGAAGCUGACAGGACCCCAGCUGCUCUGUCAGCUGAAGGAGCAGGUGGAGGUGUCGACUCUGACCCAGGACCUCCAGCCCUUCUCCUCUCUGCCCUGGGCGUCGCAGCUGCCGACCCAAAGCAUCGCGGCCGAAGUUGGGCCGUACAAGACCUGCGCCGUGGUGUCCUCUGCGGGCUCCAUGAAGAACUCCAGACUGGGCAAAGAGAUCGACUCCCACGAUGCUGUCCUACGGUUCAACGCCGCUCCAACCACAGGUUUCGAAAGUGAUGUGGGUUCAAAAACAACUCUGCGCCUCAUCAACUCACAGUUGAUGGCGUCGGAGGACCAUCGUUUCCUCUCCUCGUCUCUGUACAGCUCUGGGAUCCUCGUGGCCUGGGACCCGUCACCUUUCUCCGCAGAUCUACACCAGUGGCUGAACCAGACAGAUUACCCAAUCUUCACUCAGUUCCAGAGGUACCGAAGGCUGCACCCGCUGCAGCCCUUUUAUAUCCUGCACCCGCGCUUUGAGUGGCAGCUGUGGCAGAGGAUCCAGGACAACAUGAGGGAGCCCAUCCAAAGGAACCCGCCCUCCUCUGGCAUGCAGGGCACCGUGCUGAUGAUGUCUCUGUGCGAAGUGGUGCACUUGUACGAGUUUUUACCGUCCAAGCGGAAGACGGAACUGUGUCACUACUAUCAGCAUUUCCACGACGCAGCGUGCACUUUGGGCGCCUACCACCCACUGCUCUACGAGAAAAACCUGGUCAAACGGAUGAACCAGGGACCGGACAAGGACAUCUACCUGGAUGGGCGGGUCACGCUGCCGGGGUUCAGCACGUUAAACUGCACUCGGGGCCAGUAGGGGGCGCCACAAUGACCAUAUCUUGCCCACUUUUGCCUCUAAAAGCUUCUGAACUGCACUUUCUUUGUGGUGGCAUUUGCAGUUAAGUGGGAAUCCUAUUCAUUUCAUUGGAGAAUUUGAGAAAGGUUAAUGCUAGAUCAGGGGUGUCUAAACUUUUUUGACCGAGGGACGAAUCUUGAAACACAUUUGAAGUGGAGGGACACAGACCACAGGAGUUAUAGUCACAUUAGUGUAUUUUAUGUAGCUUCAACAGAGCCCCCCGUACCUUAAAUAAGGCUUAGAACAGUCAUUUUAGGUCUGUAUCACUAUGCAACGUGACGCUAUUGACGUGAUCGCGGUAGCAUUACUUAAAUUUGUUUUUAAAAGUUCUGCAUAUAAUCUGUGGAGCCAAUUAAGCAACAGGAAUUGGUCUGGGGGCCGAACCAGACCCCCAGAUCAUAGUUUGAACGCCUCUGUGCUUUGUGAUAACUUCCGUCAGGUUCAGAGGGACAGACGUUAUCACAUAGCUUUGGUUGCCAUGGUAACGUGUUAGCUUCUAAUGCUAUGCACAGGUGUUAUAUUGACUAUAUGACUGUUUUAUGUUUUAGUUUAUCCUUUUUCCUAAACUUAACCAUAACCCGUUUCCUACCUACAUUUCAUCACUUCGAAAAACAAUCAUCGCUUGACCAACCACAGCAGACUGUCCCUCCUGACCCAUUAUUCUAGCAUUAACCUUUGAGAAAAGUUUUGCCCCUAAAAUAUGGAUUCUCCGCAUAGAAUUUAUUUGCUGUAGAGAUCAGCCCCAUGCAAAACAAUACAACUACAACGACAAUGGCGCCCAUGGAUACUAAGAUUUUUGUAUCUAAAUUAAUCAUAGCAUCCUUUAAAGGUGCACUGUGUAACUUGUCUGGUUUCCUCUAUCAGUGUUUCUCCAUGGUGAUGAAAAAGGCAGUAAUAUUACCAUAAAGGUGGUUGACCCUCUAUCAGAAAAUUUACACAAUGCUCCUUUAAAGAUCAAAGGUUGAGGUGCAGUUUUUUGUUAGUGCGUCCUCUGCAUUUGACCCAUCCUUCAGUGUAUCAAAAGCAGCGGGACCCGUCUCCAGGGCUUGAGCUAGUCUUGGUCUAACCUUGCGCUCCUCGUGGGACCAAUCACAGAGCAGCAUUGUGGUUUGGGCGGAGCCAAAGGUCAAGCGCCUGAUGAACCAAAACAAAAAUAGCGACAAAGACGGACGUACUUCAGCCUAUUUUCACACAAAUACAGACUCUCUCCACUGGAUUUAACUCAAGUUUGACCUUUUCUUGGCUUAUUCUGCUGUUGUGGCACUUCGACCAAUCAGCUUGGAGUAUUUAUUCCAACGUCCCGACGGUUCCCGAUCAAUUUCAGCGAGCGCCAUCCCAGAGAGAGAGAGAGUACUACACUUAUCGAGGUUAGGUCAGGACUACCUUAGCUGGAGGAUUUGACCUUUUGUGCAUGUUUUGGGGUUGAUACCUGAAGGAAACUCACACACGACACAGGGAGAACAUGCAAACUGUACUCAGCCCUGACAAUGAAUGUGAAAAGCGCAUGAUAUAAUAUAGACACUGUUUAUAGCAUGAACAUAGUCACUGCCGCACUGAGCUUCACACAGUUUAUAUGAAGUUAUGCACCAAUCAAUACCACUGCUCACGUGAGACAGCUACUUAAAGUUAAAUGGGAUUAUUCACAAAUUUAAGCCAUUUGAACGAAUGUAGAUUUUGUUGUUUGUUUUUUUUUUUGCAGUGCUGGAGGUGUUUUUCAGAGUAACCCGGUGUAAAUAUUAGUGUGCCUGCUGUAUAGACUUGAAAUGACAUUCCUUUGACAAUGGUUUGGGCCUGUUUAAACUGAAUAGGUGGGUCACUACGUGCAACAUAAAACGUAUCAUUAAUUAGAAAAGUUAGUUAGUUUGUUUGUUUGUUUUUUAAUUCCCCAAAAAUGUGCUGUGUAGCAUUUUCAACAGUGGCUCAGUCGGGUGAACGUUUGCCCAUUAACUGGCAGGUUGAAGGUGCAGAGAUUGAGAUUGUGAGAAGAUUAAAGCGUUUAAAGACACGUUUUCCCGGGUAUUUGAGCAAAAAUUUGUCAGAUAUAUUGUGAUUAGGAUGCUCAGAAUGCAUAAGAUAAGUGAGAAAUAACUUUGGACCACUGCAAACCGUUUAAAGAGAAUGACGUUCACCUUUUGGAGCCACUGUCACUCAGACGGGUUUAUAUGUACACGUUUCUGUUUCUCCUCUACUCUGAUUAGGUUGUAGUCAUUUUAAAUCAUAUAUUCUGGACCUAGUUUGGACCCACAGCAGUUGUGAUUUCCCACUUCACUCUUCAACUUGAUGUAAAACAAAUGAAUGCAGUUUUCUAACCAAAGGAUCAAAUGACUGGGUUUAACUGUAGCUUGUUAUUACUGAGAUGUUUGUACAUAAUGUAAUGUUUAAGUCAAGACACUGAUUUCUGCACACUUUUAUUGUACUUGUUUUCGAACGCUUGGUCACACAGAUUCCACAAGUUGCUGUAUUUUAUUUUAUUUUUUACCUUGUGUGAGACCGUUGUGUCCUCUGCAUUUGACCCAUCCUCCUGUGUCUCUGAGUUAUCGAGCUGGAGGAGACAAAUACCACAUAAUAGUAUAUAUGUACAGACUGCCAACAUCAUUUCAGUAACAGAGGAGCGCAGCAAAAGUGAAAUCAGAUUCUUAUUUUAUUUUUUUAAGGAAAAAAACAAAAAAAACUAAUCAGCUCAAUGCUCCAAACCAGCACACUGAAGUAAAAAAGCAAUCAUGGAAGUCACUUUUUCAACAUAUUUUUAUUUAUUUUUGCAUAAUAUCGUCCAUUUCCCCGUACGUGCUGAUCGAUUUGUCUUAUAAAUAGGGAUUCACCGACCGAUAUUGAUGCCGAUACUGAAAACAUUGCUGGAUUGGAGAUUGGCCUCCAAGUAUCGGUUGAGUCGAUGUCCUGGUUGAACAUAUAAGACUAUUUACUGGUCGCAGUCGGCCCAGAAACUCUCAUAAUGUUUGAACUUUGAUUUAUACAAAGCUAUUCUGUAGUUGCUUAAGGCGUAAAUAACAGUUACAUAACACAUUUAGACCAGUUUUGUCUUAUUUUAUUUUUGUUUUAAGGAAGUAAAUGCUGUUUUCAGUCUCUCCCCCUGGAUCGGUUGAUAUUGUGUACUGAUUAAUACUAUAAGCUAUACUAUUGAAAUCAGUACUACUACUUUUAACAUCUCUUUCAAAUUUUCAAAAAGGAAAAAAAAAAAAAAAAAAACACCAAUCAAAAUUUUACUUCCAAAACCAGAUCUUCAGUUUUGUUCAUAUUUUGACUUUUAACCAUCAUCAUUGUACAGUGUGGACGACAAAACAUGCAACAAGACGCAAUAGUAAAUAAAUGAUUUGUAUUCCUAGUUUUACAUUCCCAAACUAUAUGCAAGAUGUACUUUUAUUUAAUGAGUAUAAUCUUUAAAGCUCCUAUAUUACGCAAAAUGAGCUUUAAGCCAUGUUUCAAUGUUGUUACCGCUUCAAAAACAUACGUGAAGUUGUGUUUUGUUUCAUAUUCACACAUGUUUGAGUAAGUUUAUCUACAUCUCCAAAGCUCAAAAUGCUCUGUUCCACCUUGUGAUGUCAUCAAGUGGUAUUUUUCAAGUUAACAGCUACAUUUUCUCUUUUGUUUAGCAGAGAUUGGCAACUCCAGGGCUGAAAUGAUCCAAAUGAUGAUCUGUUCUCAGCCUAAAUCUGUAGGGUUUGUGUGUUAAAUGUGUGAAUGAAACAAAACACAACUCCAGGUCGGUUUGUGAUGAGGAAACAACAUUUUAAAAUAAAUCAAAAAUAGUGUAAUAUGGGCCCUUUAAAAUAUGUAAAAUGAAACUAGAGUAACUGAUCAUUAACUUUUGGUGAACCGCAGGGAUGUUUUUGCUGUUUGCCAGAUAGCUGUUUUGUUCUUGUAAAUGCAUGAAGUAGCAACGCAGCUCUGCAAAGUUUUGUGCCAAAAUUCAAAUGAAAUAUAGUUUUUUAUUGGUAAUUUUGUGUGAAUUUAAACGAGAUUUCUGCUGCAGUGUAAGUAGCAUUCAAAUUGGUUCUGCAUCUCAGACAGUUGAGCAUGUUUUGUGGAUCUAUUUGUUUUAUAAAUAUUAAAGCGCCAUUUUGGUUCAUUCCAUUGUGAAAGUUGAGAGUUUAAAAGGAGUAAGUGACAUUUUGUUAUACUCAGAGGUGGGUAGAGUGGAUAAAAAUGUACUCGAGUAAGAGUAACGUUACUUCAAAAUAUUAUUACUGUUAUUACUGUUACUACUAUUAUUAUUAUAAGAGUAAAAAAAGUUAUUUGGGAAAAGUUACUACUCAAGUAAGAGUAACUUAAAGAGUUACUGUCUUCUGAAUGGUCCCACAUUUCACAGUUUAAUUGUUA